CACCGCGGAGAGCAGACGGUGAAGAGAAGUUGAAGGGACGAACCACUUUCUUCUUCUUUCUUUUCUUCUUCUUCGGUUUUGUUUUGUCUUUGUUUCGCGUCGCGUCUCGGAGUGGAAGAAGCCCGGGAAGCCCUCCAGACGGUCUCCUCGCUCGCCCCUCGCUCGCUUGCCGCUCUCAGCCAUGGACCACAUGGACCACAUGAACCACAUGAACCACAUGAACCACAGCGCCAUGGACCACAGCGCCAUGGACCACGUUCACAACACCGUGGCUCCGCCCACAAUGGGCGGCCACAACCACGGAGGAGGAGGAGGCAGCGGCGGGAGCCACGAGGGACACGGGGGCAUGGUGAUGACCUUCUACUUCGGCUUCCACAACGUGGAGCUGCUGUUCACCGGCCUGCUCAUCAACUCACCUGGAGAGAUGCUGGGGGCGUGCAUUGGUGUGUUCCUAUUGGCCGUGCUGUACGAGGGGCUGAAGAUGGGCCGUGAGACGCUGCUGCGCCGCAGUCAGGUCAACGUGCGCUACAACUCGAUGCCGCUGCCCGGCGCCGACGGCACGGUGCUGAUGGAGACGCACAAGACGGUCGGGCAGCGGAUGAUAAGCCCCGCCCACUUCCUGCAGACCCUGCUGCACAUCAUUCAGGUGGUCGUGAGCUACUUACUGAUGCUCAUCUUCAUGACCUACAACGCCUACCUGUGCAUCGCCGUGGCAGCCGGCGCCGGAAUGGGCUACUUCCUGUUCAGCUGGCGGAAGGCGGUGGUCGUCGACAUCACCGAGCACUGUCAUUAGCUAACGUAGGAGUUAGCAUCCGGUCAGGACGUUUGAUUUCUGCUCAUCGCUAAGACGCUAACAAACACUAUCGCUUUACGUUAGCGCGCUAACCAGAACUUUAGCGUGGAAUACAAGACUCUAAUUCACAAACGUUAGCUGGUAACUUGCACACUAACCUCUGUAGUUAGCGUUUAUUAAUCCGUCGAGCACUUUGUCAGGUUUAUUCUUCCUCUGAACUCCAGCUGGUGGACGAGCCGACCAAUCACGGCUCGGGUCGCCUCAGAAGGUUCUGAUUGGCCAAAUCACGUCUUACUGUCUUUUAUUUCCAUUUUGGUGCCAUAACAACGGGCAGAUUAGCGCUAGCUGCUGUUAGCCAAAAUGUUAGCAUUUUUUAGCUACACUUGUGAUGUUAGCAUUGUUAGCUAUCAGUAAAAAAAACAGUAUUUAAACAUUUAUUUUAAGUAUAAUUUAUUAGUGAAUAGAGGUUUUAUGAAAGUUUUCCUUUAGAUUUUUAUUAUUUAAAUGAAAUUAUUAAAAAUAAAAUUUUAGAUUUUUGUUGCAGUUCCAUAAAAAACACAACGUCACUAAAUAAUAAUGAGCCAAAUUGAUCAGAGGAUUUAUAUUUAAAAAAUUACAUUUUCAUAAAACCAAUCCUCCGUUUUCUUUCUUGAGGAUUCCUGUUGCUCGGCGAGCCGUUUUUAAACAUUCUUUGAUUUUAAGUAUAACAUGUUUUCAUGAAGAAAACAAAAACUUCUUGAAUCAAUUCUAAAGGAACAUUUUCCGUUCUCCGCCCGUUGCCUUAAAGCGCCAUCUCUCAGUGUCUCGGUAUCACAGUGUCGCCGUGUCUCGGUAUCACAGUGUCGCCGUGUCUCGGUAUCACAGUGUCUCCGUGUCUCGGUAUUACAGUACCUCCGUGUCUCCGUGACUCGGUGUCUCGGUAUCACAGUGACUCGGUGUCUCGGUAUCACAGUGUCUCCGUGUCUCGGUAUCAGUGUCUCCGUGUCUCGGUAUCACAGUGUCUCCGUGUCUCGGUAUCACAGUGUCUCCGUGACUCCGUGUCUCGGUAUCACAGUGUCUCCGUGACUCGAUAUCACAGUAUCUCCGUGACUCGGUGUCUCCGUGUCUCGGUAUUACAGUAUCUCCGUGACUCGGUGUCUCCGUGUCUCGGUCUCACAGUGUCUCCGUGUCUCGGUAUAACAGUGUCUCCGUGACUCCGUGUCUCGGUAUCACAGUGUCUCCGUGUCUCGGUAUCACAGUGUCUCCGUGACUCGGUGUCUCGGUAUCACAGUGUCUCCGUGACUCGGUGUCUCCGUGUCUCGGUAUCACAGUGACUCCGUGUCUCGGUGUCUCGGUAUUACAGUGACUCCGUGUCUCGGUGUCUCGGUAUAACAGUGUCUCCGUGACUCCGUGUCUCGGUAUCACAGUGUCUCCGUGUCUCGGUAUCACAGUGUCUCCGUGACUCGGUGUCUCGGUAUCACAGUGUCUCCGUGACUCGGUGUCUCCGUGUCUCGGUAUCACAGUGACUCCGUGUCUCGGUAUCAGUGUCUCCGUGACUCGGUGUCUCCGUGUCUCCGUAUCACAGUGUCUCCGUGACUCGGUGUCUCCGUGUCUCGGUAUCACAGUGACUCCGUGUCUCGGUAUCACAGUGUCUCCGUGACUCGGUAUCAGUGUCUCCGUGUCUCCGUGUCUCGGUAUCACAGUGACUCCGUGUCUCGGUAUCACAGUGUCUCCGUGACUCGGUGUCUCCGUGUCUCGGUAUCACAGUGACUCCGUGUCUCGGUAUCACAGUGUCUCCGUGACUCGGUGUCUCCGUGUCUCGGUAUCACAGUGUCUCCGUGUCUCUGUCUCUCGGUGUUGCUGGUUUCUUUACUCUUGUAGUUUCUGGAGAAGCCGUGACGAGGAAAGCCCAAAGAUAUAGAUUCCUAACUUUAACUUUUCUCUUUUGACCUCUAGAGUGAUUUAUUUUGAAUUUUUUGAAUAUUUUUAUCGAUUCACACUGACUGGUGGGCGGAGCUUACUUACUGGACCAAUCGGGUUGCAGGGACAGAGGAAGUUACUGGAUUUGUACACCUAAAAUAAAGCAAAGUGCCGGCAUAGUUCAGUGUGUUUGUUGUUGUUGACGUUGGGUCUGUUGUUGUUGUUGAACUGUCUGAAGGAUCUGUCUGAAGAGUAACGUGUCUGAAAUAUGUUUUAAUUGUCACAAAUGCUGGAAUUAUUGUAAAAAAACUUUAUAAAGAAACUGAGUCCUCUCCUCUGUAUGAACUUAACCUCAAAUCUGAGUUUCAGGAUUUAAAGAUGUGCUGUUUGUUUAUUAGUAUUUUAUAUAAGACACAUUAUGACCAAAUGUUACACACACUUUUUUUGUUUUCUUCAGAAAUGAAUAAAAUGCAACAUUCAGACCAAAUAA